AUGCAGGAGGCAUCUUCUUCCAUGUUCGAAAUCCUCACUCAACAGGAGAUUUUUUGGAAGCAAAGGUGUAAACAGUUAUGGCUUAGAGAGGGGGACAACAAUUCAAAAUAUUUUCAUGCUAGUACCAGAAUUCGUAGACGCAAUAAUCAGAUUGAUAGUCUCUGUAAUGAUGCAGGUGUUUUGGUGGAUUGGAAUUCGGGUCUGGAGCAACUCAUGGUGGAAUACUUUCAGACUUUGUUCAAGUCUUCUGUUGAUAAUUGGGCAGAUGUAAUUGAUUGCCUCACACCGACUAUCACUCAGGAACAGAAUGAAUUGAUGGUUAGGCCUAUUGAUGAUGAUGAAGUAAAAUCGGCUCUUUUCCAGAUGCAUCCCGAUAAGUCCCCGGGGCCCGACGGGAUGACUCCUGGGUUCUACCAGAGGUUCUGGCCGAUUGUAGGUAGUGAUGUAGUGAAGGUGGUGCAGGAUUUCUGGAGUACAGAGACAUUUGAUGAUAAGCUCCCUUUCACUAAUAUUGUUCUGGUUCCUAAAAAGAAGAGACCCCUGUCUAUGCUAGAUCUUCGACCUAUUUCUCUGUGUAAUGUAUUAUACAAAAUAUUGUCAAAGGUCCUUGCCAAUCGCCUGAAACUGGUUAUUGACUGUAUCAUCUCUGAAGCUCAAUCAGCGUUCAUUCCGGGUCGCCUUAUUACAGACAACAUCAUGAUCUCUUAUGAGAUUAUGCAUUAUAUGAAGAGGAAGACUAAGGGCAAACAAGGGUUUAUGGCCCUAAAGCUGGACAUGAGUAAAGCAUACGAUCGGGUCGAAUGGGGUUACUUAAGAGCAGUUCUGGGCAGAUUGGGAUUUAGUCAGAAACUAAUCGCUCUCUUAAUGAAGUGUGUUACCUCAGCCCGAUACCAGAUUUCACAUGCAGGGAAGGAGUUUGGACACAUUGUUCCUGAAAGAGGUCUUCGUCAGGGUGAUCCUCUUUCUUCGUAUUUGUUUAUCAUUUGCACUGAAGGUUUCUCUGCGCUUCUUCGUACCUAUGAACGCAGGAAGUUGAUUCGUGGCAUUCAAGUGGCUCGGGGAGCCCCUGUCAUCUCUCAUAUGCUCUUUGCGGACGACAGUUAUAUUUUCUGUAAAGCAACUAGUGAAAAUGCUGCACAUGUCUCGCAUCUACUUACUAUCUUUGAGGGCACUUCUGGCCAAAAGGUGAACUAUGAAAAGUCAUCGGUCUUCUUCAGUCGUAAUAUAGAAGUGAGCAUGCGAGAUACCAUUUGUGGAGAUUUAGGCAUACAUGAGGCAGAUGAGAAUAGUACUUACCUGGGUCUCCCCAAUAUAUUGGGUCGGCGAAAAUCUGUCAUAUUGGGUUAUUUAAAGGAUCGCAUUCUUCAACGUAUUCAAGGUUGGGAAGGCAGAUUUUUAUCUCGUGCGGGGAAAGAGAUAUUGCUAAAAACUGUCGCUCAAGCGCUCCCUAACUAUGCAAUGAGCGUCUUUUUACUCCCUAUUGGCUUGAGCAGGGACAUUGAGCGUUUAAUGUGCAAAUAUUGGUGGCGGUCUUCCUCAAAUAAGCCUAAAAUACACUGGAUGAGCUGGGAAAGGAUGAGUAAACCUAAGGUAAUGGGGGGGCUCGGUUUUAGGUCCCUUCAUGAUUUCAAUGUCGCUCUCCUAGGUAAGCAAGGUUGGCGUUUAUUAAUGUAUCCAAAUACUUUGGUGAGCAGGGUGUAUAAGUCGAGAUACUUCCCUCAAGGCAAUUUUCUCUCCGCUAAAUUAGGCGGUUCUCCAAGUUUUAUUUGGCGGAGUAUUAUGGAAGCGCACCAUGUUGUCAAGAAAGGUGCGACGGUGAGGAUUGGGUCAGGCGAGACAGUCUCUAUACUCUCAGAUCCUUGGUUGCCUGAUAUUGCAAACUCUUUCAUUCAGACCACACAUCCAGCUUUGAAUGAUAAAAAAGUCUCACAGUUAAUGGUAAGGGGGUCUAAUAUGUGGGAUAAUGAUAUUUUGUUGGACAUUUUUUCAGAUAGAGACAUCAACUUGAUCACCACCAUUCCUAUUAAUGAAGAAGACGCAGAUGCUUGGUAUUGGAAGCUUGAUCAUCGUGGGAUUUAUACUGUUAAAAGCGCCUAUGCGUUAAUACAAUCUGAGAAGGCAGUCGCAAAUUCUAGUGAUAACUCCGGUUUCUGGCGACUAUUAUGGCAGCUCAAAAUUCCUCCGAAAGUCAAAAACUUCCUGUGGCUGGUUUCUAGAGACUGUCUCCCUACAAAAGAUCUCUUGCGGAAUAAGGGAGUGUCUGUUAAUCCCUUAUGUCCAUUCUGUAAUUUGGCCAGCGAAUCACCUUGUCAUUUAUUUGUAUCCUGCUUAUUUUCUCAAGAUUGUUGGAACCAUCUGCGCAUUGGUUUUAUCCCAGAGGCUACUGGCUCAUUUGCUAGCUGGUUAUCAGCUGUGUUUGAAUUGUAUUCAGGUGAGAAAAGACACAAGGCAGCUAUGCUAUGCUGGGCUUUGUGGAAGUGCCGAAAUGAUCUAGUUUGGAAUAAAAAGGGCAUUGAAGCAGCUGAGGUUGUUGCAUUAUCAAGAACCGUCCUUAAUCAAUGGAGUUGUGCUCAGGACAAGACUUUUGAUCUGUCCCUUGGGUUUGUCACUCAAGAGGAUGGCUCCAAUGGGCAGUUGAUUGAGGCCAUUGCUAGAAAUGCGCGGGGUUCGGUAUCCCCUGAGGUGGCGGAAGCAAUUGGCAUCAAAGAAGCAUUGAGCUGGAUCAAAUCCAAUCGUUGGUGCAAUGUCGAAGUUGAGUUUGAUAGCCUUCUUGCUGUACAAGCGAUAAGGGGUACUUCGGUUCUGUAUUCCUACUUUGGGCGGGUUAUAACAGAGUGCAGGACUUUGUUGACAGAAUUACAAUCACAGUUUGUUUCCAUUAAGUUUGUAAAACGGUCUGCUAACACCGUCGCUCACUAUUUAGCGAGGACUACGUGUAUAGCUUCUGAUCGUCAUUUGUUUGCUUCUCAUGUUUCUUCUGAACUUAAGGCUGUAUUAUUGCAAGAUUUGCAGAAUUAA